AUGGGGACUCACCGUGGUGUUGGUAUUCUGGUUCUGACUUCCAAACCCCUUGCAGGAUACGUCUUGCCUCAGCGCCAGACUGCGACCGCAGCCUGGGUGUGCUUUGGCUCAAGGGGAAUACAAGACGUGUUUAUUCAUGGUCCCUACGCAACUGCUUUGAGAGAGCCGGCUUGCCUGAGUGCAGUUCUAUCUGAUGAGCAGCAGUUCUUAGCGUCCCUCGCGGGUGCAACCCAAGAAGAUGCGGCAGGCGCUGCUGCCGUGUCUCUCACGCGCCUGCUAAUCACAAAACUGCUCCCCCAAGGCUCCACAAGGGACGGAGAUCGCUCCCUCAGACACAAUCGGGCCCCGCAACCUGCGGCGAAUUCCCUUCAACGCCUUCAGCAAAAGCAGCAAAAGCAGCAGCAGCAGAUGUAUGAGUGCCAACCUGUGCCUCUACCUCGCUGGCUUGCCUCUUCCCCUGGAUUCUCGCGCCUCCGAGACAGCCAGCAGGAGAGCGGAACCCGCAUAUCGGCGUGUGCAGUGGCAAGCGACUGUCGAGCUGCCCUCGGAUUCUGCAACGGCGUGCUGCUGCUGGUGCCUCUACCGGCGCGUGAGCGUGAGGAGAAGCUCAAGGAGCAGGAGGCUGCAGCAGCAGCGCUCUCGAGAGAGAGCUGCUCUCCUUCUUCCCAGCACAUGAGCUCUCCGCAACAAGCUGUAUGGGUACUACAAGGCCAUGACGCUGAAAUAACGGAUGUCAGUGUUGCACCUCGAUCGCUUCUUGCUUCGGCGGGUCUGACGGGGUGUGUGCUGAUACACGUUUUGCCCGCCUGCAGCAGCAGCAGUAACUCGAGUAGCGCCUCCAGCAAGAAGCGCGGUUCAGGAAAGACUCCUGCGGCUGGAGCAGCGGAAGCAGGGGGAUUCGUGGCUGUGGGCCCCACGCUGUCUCUGCAGUACACCCACCCCGUCCUCUCCGUCUCGCUUUCUCCAGAUUGCAGUCUGUCGCACUUCCCCGCCGCGGCUGCGCUUCUUUCCGACGCGCAGGCUGCACGAGCUUCUCUCCAAGGCUGUGCAGCUGCAGUUCGCGGAGGAACGGUGGCGAGCUUCCCAGGAGGCCCCUCCUUCUCUCGUCUCCGCCAGUUUCACGCCUCGACGAGUGCACCAGCAAGCAGUUUGCACCAGCGAGAGGGUGGACUGCGCUCCGUGUGUGCAGUGGGGUGUAUGAACGGCAGCCUGCUGCUCCACACGAGGGGCUUCUAUGCAGAGCGCGACGUGCUCCUGCAGCAGGGGGAUGCUCCUAUAUGCUGCUGUCGAUGGCGAGGCUCCCUCCUCGCAUGGGGAACGACUUCAGGCAGCGUUCAUGUCUUUCACGUAAGCAGCAAGCAGAAGGUUUGCUGCUUGCAAAGACCUUUGGGAACGGCGGCAGCGGCAGGCACUGCAGCAGCGAGCGAGACGGCUGCACCGCCUCGCAGCGCGUCUCUCCUGCAGUGGGUGCAAGACGACCUCUUGGCGGUAGCGUGGGAGACUGAGGUGCAGCUGCUGCGCAUCGUCUCGUCUGAAGAUCCGCAGCCGCUGACAGGCGUGGAUGCAGCGGGCGCGACAGCCUCGGCGUUUCGAUGUGGGCAUGUCAUCAGCACCGUGGAUUUGAAAGGCAGCAGCGUGCGCGGUGUCUUCCCCAGUCCGGAGCUGCCUUCUGCCCUUCAGCCAGCCUUGUGUCUUCUCAAGCUCGAGCGUGCUGCUGCAUCUGCCGUCGCUGGUGGUAGUUGCGCGGUUGUGGCAUCGAAAGAUUCGGCAGAAGAAGCUGUCGUGUGGCUGCUGCUAGUCUCUUGCGGCAGGGGUUGCGUUGUGUCGCAUCAACGCCUGAGGCUGCCUUUCUCGGCAGCGCCAUCGAGGCAACGCGUUGUUGCAGAGCCAGACAGAGCAGAGAAGAGAGAAGACGCAGAGCGAGGCUCACACACUUCCAAAUACGCAGACUUCCUUGUGGCCCCUAUGGCUGAAGGGGGAGGCUGCAUCCUGUGCUGUGGAGCUGAUGUAUUCGCACUUCGACCUCGAGAUGCUCAGGAUAAAGUGCAGUGGUUGCUGCAGCAGCAGCCUCUCACGCUCAACGUCGAGCUCGCCCUCUCCACUGCCAUGUUGGUGUCAGACGAAUUUGCGACAGCAACGAGUCUGCAAGCGGUGCGGCUGCUGUUGCAGCAGCAGCAGCGAGAAGCUGCAGCGGCGUUGCUUCCCCGCUUGGUGCUGCAGCGGGAUGCGGACUGGAUGGAUUUGCUAUGCCUUUUCGCUGAGCACAAGGCGCUUGCGCCGUUCGCAUGCCAGCUCGUUGCUGCUGCCGCUGCAGAAGGAGCGCCAGCGUCGACUGCAGAGGGCUCAAGAGCAGCGACGACGGCAGGAGAGUGCGCAGCCGCAAGACGGACGGCUUUCCAGCCGCCAGUGGCGUUGUACCUUGAGCUGCUGCAACUGCUCCUGAGGGAUGCGUCAGCUGAUUUGCGCGAGCGUUUCCGGCGAGAGAGGAUACAAGAGCAGUCGGAGGGGAGCAUGCAGCUACAAGAGCAGAGCGCGCGUCCGCCUCUGCAAGGGGAUGGAGCUGCGGAAGCAGCAGCCUUUCUGCGAUGCCUGGCUGCGUUUCCGCCGCUUCCCGCAGCAGCUAGCGUAGAGCUGCUGCAGUGCCUCCUGCAGCUGCCCCUCUUGUGCCGCCUUUCGCAGUGGGGCGUUGACGCUGCGUCUCAGGAGACACCGCAGCAAGCGCAUGCGCGCUUGCUGCGGCGGCUGCAGCAGCGAGAGCAGAGACGGCCUCUUCAGGAGCCUCACGGCACGCACGAAGGCGGCAGCGUGUGGGAUUCGCCUUUGUACGAGCCAUUACUUAGGGCGUGCGCUGUCUUGGCUCACAGACUGCGGCUGUUUUGCUGCUCAGCGCAUGCGCUGCUCCUGCUGCAGUCCCCGCGCGCAGCGGUGUAUAUCCACCGCGUGCUGAUGAGCCCGAAAGAUGCAAUCUCUCCCUGCGUCUCGGAGCCACAAGGAGCUGCCAUCGCUGCAGAAGCAGACAAAAGGAGCGUCACAGCCCCCUCCAACGAAUUCGAAGAAGAGAACAAUCGGAUAUUGCCAACUCCGGAGAGUGCUGCCGCGGCUCUCGCGGCAGCCGUUCCGAGUAUGUCGCUGCAGCUGCUGCAGCUGCAAGCCGCAGACGCGUUGACUCUCUUGUGCUUGCGUCCCCAUCCCGCUAAGCCGUGGCUAUGCGAGGCGAAUUCUGCGCGCGACGCUGGUGAAAGCGACAACAGUUGCUCCAGCAGCAGCGGCUUUCGCCACCGGAGCAAAAAUCCUGGCAGAGGCGCUCUGGUAUUUCCUCCAGAGGAUGUCGUUCCGCAUCUCCUGUGCGCCCAAGCGUUGCUGCAUCUCUAUUUGAAGGCUGCCUACUCGGCGUGCCCAGCAGCAGUAGCGUGUCUCUCAUUGUUGCAGGUGCGUCUGCUUCCCCUCUGUCAGAGUGGAGGCAAAAAUGCGGCUCACGACAGAGCUCCUGCUCUGUCAUCACUUCAUCUUCAUGUCAGCAAGGGAGGGGCCGCUGCCAAGGAUAGAGCGGCAAAAAGAGCAAGCACCACAGAGGCGCUUAAUCCCGUUAGCAGCAGCGACAGCAGCAGUACGUGCCGCAGCCACCUUGCGCCGCGUGCGCUAAGGUCUGCAGAAGCAGCUGCUGCUGCACCGGGGGAUAGGAGGGCAGCCACAGGAAGGCGCUUGGCUAGCUGUUGCGUCAUCUGCAACAAGCCGCUAGCUGCUGCGCCAGGGCAGCGCACCGAGUUCUGGCUGCUGCCUCAAGGAGGAGCAGCAGCAGCUACAUGGGGCGGAGAAUCCUCGGCGCCGACUAUAUCGGCGAGCACGACGCCGCGUGCAACUACACCGAGGAACGCGACAGCAGGCGCAGCAGACACACGAGCAGCAGCCGGCUGGGUCAGCCAAUUGAGAACAAAAACGGCAACUGGAGAGAUUUCCAUUCCAGGAGAGGCCUUAGUGAGUGACGACGAUUUGAGACGGGCGGAGGAGCAGGGGCGCUUGGCGCCGUGUGGGGAGUUGGGGAGACGGGCUAGAACUCGCUCCCCUGCAGCUCCCCACAACACACAGCAAGCCAACAAAAAAAACGGCAGUCGGGGGGGGGCACUCCAGUGCACUCCAGCAACAGCUGGAGGCGUAGCCUGUGCAGACAAUUCAGGAUAUGGCGGAUCCAGAGGUCAUGCAUGCUCCCCAGAACGGCCCAAGGGCAUGUGGGCACACACGGCGAAACGACCUCCUAAUUGCUGCCCUGUUAAGGCACAGAAGGCUGCACCCGAUGCCGAUAUAGUUCAGUCGAUGACGCCCACGAUCGAAGAGCAGCAUGCGCAGGAAAACUCCGUGUUACACCGGCAAGAACCAACCCUCCGUCGAGUUGCCUCCGUCACCACUGACGCCGUGGGAACCUCAGAAAAAGCAAAGAAGAAAGCCGACGACGGGGCUCGAACCCGCGACCACGAGGUUAAGAGCCUCGCGCUCUACCGACUGAGCUACAUCGGCGAUUGUGGAGGGUCCGAGGUCUCUAUGCAUCGAGAGUAG